AUGAAUAAAACUGAAGAACCUUCGUUGAACAACGAAGCAAACCAGUCUGCAGAUGGAGCAACCCGUUCUAUCACUGAUCGUUUACCCAUGGGACCCAUAGUCGCUGCAGGUCGUCUCAUGUCAUGUUUAUCAAAGCAAUCCCGUAGCAUUACAUCGAAACGUGCCUAUACAGUAUCGGGCACUGGUAACGAAAAAUCUUCAUUUUUAACACCAUUAUCGACACAAAUAUCCUCGUCACGUUGUCGUUCAUCGUCCUCUCAGAGUCCACCAUCGACGCGAUCAACAUCAUGUUCAGGUUCUUCAUGUAAUAAAGAAUCGUCUCCACCCAUGCACAAUUCAAAAACAACACCAUCAGAUUUAAAUAAAAUUUCUAAAACAUCGACAACACCAACAAUGCCGACACCUGAUACAGUCGGACAUGAAUUUAAUUUUAAUUCAACGUAUACACAAUUACGUGAUUUAGCUGAUACAAAUUGUACAUAUUUUUCUCGACAAAAAACCGAUGUUUGUAGAAGAUUUGAACGUUUAUUAAUACAACUUAAACAUACACUUGAUUUAUCGGUACCAUUGAUUCGAUAUCUUACAGAUAAUUUUCAUCAUUUUGAUUACAGUCCAGAAAUCAAAGCUCAUGGAUAUCGAUCAUUGGUGGUAGCACACGGUCAGGCAUGUGUAGGAACAUUAGAUAUUCUUCAACAAGUUGAUACCAAACGUGUUGGCCUUCUAUUUAAUCUCAUGUAUUCGUCACGAUUAUUUCAAGAUCUUGAAUCAUGGACAAAAGCACUUAUAGCCAUGCAACACAUUUUAACAUUAGCUGUUAACAUGGUUGAUUAUUCGGAAAAGAAAGUUUUAUAUGUUGAUGCCAAUCAUGUACCACUUGAUAUUGAACUUGAUUAUUUUAAAAUGGUUGCGUUUGAUUCAGAAUAUUUCUUUGGUCGGACAUGUGGUUUUCAAUUUGCUCCGUCGAUGCAAAAAAUGUUAACUUUCUUACUAGCUGGUUUGGCUACUUUUCAUGAAACUUACAAUCGGUCGAUCCCUUAUGCAGCUGCUAGUCUUGCCACAGCACCGAAAUAUAUUCUAUUUCCAGAACAACGAGCUAAAAAGUGUGCUGCUAUAUUUCGUGAUAGUGAUUAUUUAUUUUGCAAAUCAUUUUGGAAUAUAGUUGAUCAUGAUUAUGUUAAAAUGGGUUCGCGUUAUAUCGUACCAAGUGUAACUGUAUCGAAAUAUUUUCAAAUUGGACCUGAAGAAAUUGAAAUCAAUUCUAUUAUUAUUCCACCACCAACAGCGUGCGCUGCUCCCGAUGAACCGAAUGAAUGUGCAGCUGGAAAUAUUGGAAAUGGUUCAGAUAAUGCAACAGGUUCCGGUACUAAGCAACCAAAACAACUUGUCAAUUUAAAACUUCUAUCACAUGAAGUACGAGAAGGUAUGAAUGAAUUACCAUUGAAAAAAAAUGAUUUUGAAAUAUCAUCAAUGGAAAUCUUACCAAUGAGUGAUCAUCUUCUUCUACAUAUUCACGGCGGUGGAUUUAUUGCGACAUCAACAACAACUCAUGAAGUUUAUUUAAAACCUUGGGCGUUGGGUCUUGAAAUUCCAAUCGUAUCUAUUGAUUAUUCAUUAGCGCCUGAAUCUCCGUAUCCACGUGCUAUUGAAGAAUGUUUUUAUGCAUAUGCAUGGGUUUUGAAAAAUGCUAAUAAACUUGGUUGGAACGGUAAAACACUUUUACUGGCGGGUGAUAGUGCCGGUGGAAAUUUAGUCACAAUCGUUACAAUGAAAUCAAUCGAAGUUGGACUAAGAAAACCGGAUGCAAUUAUUUGUUUUUACACACCCUUUCUUCUUGGCUAUAGUAUGUCACCAUCUCGAUUAAUGGCAAUCAUGGAUCCGUUAUUAAAUACUGGUUUUCUCUGGCGUUGCCUUGCUGCCUAUGCUGGUAUUAAAUCUUCUGAUGAUGAAUUUGAAACUGUGACAAUUCCCAAUCUGGAUGAUACUACAGCAGAAAAACAGCAAAAGCUCAAUAAUGUAACAUCAUCACCCGGUCAAACUGUACCUCAAUCGGAUAAUAAUUCUUCGCCUGAACAAGUUCCAAACCGUGCAGAAUAUAUUCGAGGAGAUUCCUACUACUCUCGAUUGGGUGAUAUAAUGGGUUCACGUCAAGCAUAUCUUCUUCGAAAAUUAAGAGAAUCAACCUUACCAAACAAUCCAUAUAUGUCUCCAUUACGUGCGUCAGAUGAUACUCUACGACAAUUUCCAACCACAUAUCUUGUUGCAUGCCAUCAAGAUCCACUAUUGGAUGAUUCGAUAACAUUUGCACGACAUUUACGUUCAUUGUCAGUUGAACAUCAUCUCGUCAUUGUACAGAAUUUAACACAUGGUUUUCUCAGUUUUUACAAUGCAAAUACAGAUUGUAAAAGAACAGCAGAUCUUAUAAUGAAUGAUUUAGCACGAAGAUAUAAUAUUGAUGGUCCAUUAUUUCCAUCAUCGUCAUCAACAAAGAAAAAGAAACGAAAUAAAAAAAACGUUCUAGCACCAUUAACAAAUCCAAUUUUCCCAUUAACAAGAACAACAACAACAACAGAUAUUAUUCAUCCGUUCAUUGAUGAUAAUGUUGAAUUUGCACGACGACUACGCGAUCUCAAUGUUCCUCAUCAUCUAAAUGUUGUCGACGAAUUUCCACAUGGAUUUCUUGAUUUUGGCUUUGCAGCAACAAAUGUUGCACAAUAUAAUAUCGAGAUCAUAAAUAUGAUGCUCAAUAUCCUUAAACAAUCAGAAUCUAUUCAUACUGACUAA